AAGUCAAGAGUAAGUGAUAUCGCUGAGUGUUUGUUGAGUUUGUGUCUAACCCUUAGUUGCCUAUCCAAUAUUUCUCAUGGUCGUCACCAAUUUUCAAUCCAAUAUUUCAAUACACCGGUGUUUUAAAUCGAAAAUAUUUUAUUCAGUUCCAGUCACAAUCCGGUGACAAUGUGCUAAAAACCGUAGUUCAACAUAAGGUAGACGCAAACAUUGAACAAAAACUAGCCAAAUUCCAACAGAAAAAUGAAGAGAAACGUCAACAUUUUCUGCAACGAGCUAAUUCACAUAGUCAAACCGUAAGUACGGAAAUUAUUGUAUCAUUUACGAAUAAAAUGCAGCUGGAGCUUGAUAAUUCACACAUGGAUGGCAAUCAAUUCAUCGAUUUGUUCUUGAACUCAAAGCAAGAGGCUCUGGACGAGUUUGCAUCAAGGAAAAUGGGCAAGGAUCAACUCUCUAUUCAGUCGUAUCAACACUUCCGCAGAAUACUUGAGAUAGAAUUGGAUAGUGUCAUGUUGAAGCAAAUGAACGAGUUGAAUAAGUUGCCAGAGGAAAAAACGAAUGAAAAAUUCAAAAAACUAAAGCAAUUUCUGAAACAUCUGGCGAAGACGAGGGAUGAAUGCAAAAAAGUACUGAAAUUUGCCAAGAAAUUUUUUUAGAGAAUAGAUUUCAUGGCAUUCAAAUCGAAUUCACAAGCCAAACGUCAUUUAUUUAUUCAAUUGCAUUGCUAGUACCGUGGUAUUAACAUGAGUAUCAAUAUAAUUCGUUUCCAAUUAAAAACUUGACGUUUUUCUCCUUCUCAUCGGUCAUUCAAGCUAAGUUCAUUAUGGAUUUGAAAAAAAAAAUCUUCAAAUUCGAACACCGAGUUCGAAAAUGAACACCAAAUGCCCACGAUUGGGCGUGGAUUUAAUCAGCAUAUUUCCAUUGUACGAUAAAUUGUUGGAGAUCAGCACCGAAAAAUUAAAUUUCUUUCGCAAAAUUUCAUCCGGAUUUUUUCGGCCGAAAAAAAGUUCAAUAGGAAGAAAUUUCUUCUUAAAUAAUCCGAAAUUUAUUCGCGCAUCAAAUUGGUUCAUGCUUUGCUGAUUAUUUACACGAGAUGGUGGUAGCGACGCAAUAAAAUGUCAAACCCCGAACAGCGAGCAUCAACGAAAAAAAGUUGCAGCGUGUCUAUCACAGCGAACAAGAGCUUGUGUGAGUGAUGAAAUUGAUCCGUGUGAUGCAUAAGGAGUAAGCGAGACAACUAGACCACACACGACGCCAACCAUCGUCUAUCAUUGCUCUCGUUCCGUGUAUCAAUGUGCAGCAUCAAAAGCAUUGUUCACUCGUGUUCAACAUGAUUAGCGCGCCAAACACAUCGUAUUGUGUUCAUUUGUUUCCGAGCUGUCAUUGAUUUCGCACGCAAAAUACCACAACGUGAUUGGAAUCCGUGUUUCGAAUGGUUUUUUCGGGAAAAUUUCAUUUUUCAUACGAAUAAUCGAAUGAUUCGCGUUCAUUAAGUGUUUUCAAAGCGUUUACAUUGUGAUCAGAUACUGAUUUGGCAGAAAAAAAGAGAAAAUUGUGCAAAUUGUGCGACACCGGCGUUGACACUUAACCUAACAUUUCAUUGGCAUACAUUUUGUGUGCACAAGCACGAAAGCCAUACAAUUGGCCAAAGACAGUCGUCGACGAGAAAAAAAUCAUUUUUGCCAAUUGAAUUGACACUGAUUUCGUUGCAAAGUCGUGUAAUUUGAUCCGCGACAAAAUGCCGCCAAGCCAAACCGAUGUGGUGAAAACAUUACGCAGUUUGCUCAAUUCCACACAAAAUGGGCUGCUGGAAAAACAGCUGUGGCGCGAUUUCAAGGAGAUGGAAGGCUAUCCCGUUCCUUUCCGAGAUUUUGGCUUUCGUACCUUCAUUGACUUUUUGAAGUCAACCAAUGAAUUCGAACUGAUGAACACACAAGACGGUUUCCACAUUCGUGCCAGACUCGCGGCCGAUUCCAUACACAUCACUGCAUUGGUUAGUUCACAGAAUCGCGCCAAAAGAAAGAAGAGCGCCAAACCGGCGCCAUUCAUACCGCGACGCAACAUCCAGCUGGACAACAACAAUUGGAAUCAUACGGCUUAUUCGAAGGCUCAAUCGCAACCGCAAACUCGAUCACAAUCGCAGUAUCAGCCACGUGUUCAGCCACAAUCGCGAGCUCCGCCACGGUCACAGCAGCAGUCACAGCCGCAGAAACGGCUUGAAGUCCCACCACAAGUUCAAUUCCCAUCCCAAGUACGGAAUCUAUCGCAACAACAACAACAACAACAACAACAACAACAACAGGUGAACCAUUUCCUUCAACAAGUGGCCGGGGCUGUUAUUGCCAAAAGUAUAUCACUACUGACAUUGCUACGAACCCAAGAGACUAUCAAUAAUGUAAAUCGUGCUCUCUAUCAACUUCAGACCGCUCAGCGCCAACCAAUGGCAAAUAUAACAUCAGCGAAUAACAUCCGGAGUCGUGUUCCACCGGCGACGCUGACUGAAGUGAUCGAUUUGACUAAGCCGGACGUUGCGACAGUUCCAACAGUUCCAACUGUUCCAACAGUUCCAACAGUUCCAACACAAGCCAAACUGGUUUUACCCGAUGGUGUGUGGAAACAUGAUCUUUGGGAUCAAACGCCGCCGGUAAAAAGUACCAACAUUCAGCCAAAAAAACCGAUCACAUCAGAGGACAAACGUCCAGGUCUAGUUCCUGUGUCUAUGCCAAAACCAGUGCCUUUGGUACCAAAAAUCAAUCUAUCGAAUCCGAAUAUUCGACGAAUUUUGAGCCAACAGAACUCGAAUGUGCCACCAAAAGUUGAGCCGAAGCAAAAUACAGUGUCGCAACUUUGGCUUAGCGACAGUGUUGAUUCACAGCGAGAAUCGGUGUUCAAACGAUUGGGCAGUAAAGUAGACGAAUCAGCCACAAAAUCUAAGCCAAAUAUUAAUGCACGACUGAUUGUGAAACCGACACCCGAGCCAGUAGCACAAGCACCUGUGGCCAAACAGACAGACACUGUUGAUUUUGUGACGAUGAAAUCACAACCCGUUCAACAAGCCAAUGACAUUGAUGCCAUCGCGGAAAAGAUCUCCAAAAGCUAUCUGGAUGGCUUGGAUAAGAAAAAUCCGAAAGUAGCGCUUAAUUUGGCCUGCAAACAAAGAGGUUACGACCCACCGAAAUACGAUACAGUUCAGUCACAAUUCAAGAAGUUCGAAGGAUUGGUCACAGUCGAUGGCAUUACAUUUUCAACGCUUCCGUUCGAUUAUGCGAAAGAGUCCGAUGCUGAAGACGCUGCCGCCAGUGUAGCCUUGUCCAACAUCAAAGACCGUCCCGAAUCGCAAGAGUCAGACGAAGAAAUUGCACAGAAGAUUUUCGAUUGUAUCGCAGACAAUGGCAUUUUCUUGAAGUAUUUGCCGAACAUUUUUGAGCAAAAGUACGACACAUCGCUGCCCACAGGCUGGCAAUUUAUCAUCCAAAAUCGACCGCAAAUGUUCUCGAUUGGCAGCCAACAUCCAUAUGAAAUCAUUUUCAAACAGUCGCCGAAUUCAAAGGCUCAACCAGUCAUAGAGCCCGUCGUGGGACCACGAUCCAUGAUCAGCAACGAGGAUCCACUUCCACAACAGAGUGAAUGGCCUGAGAUGGGCAAAAUUAAAUUGCCGUGGCAUGAUGCAACAUGGAAAAUCGAUGUGACUUGGGUGGCAUCAACCGUUUGUGUUUGGGGUCAGUUGUCUGAUUCCGAAUAUUUGGACGACUUGAACCGCGAUUUUGAGAAGAUUGAACAAAAGUUGUCGCGUGGAAUCCAUCCAGAAAUAAGUGAAACCGUAAUUGUUGGUGGCAUUUAUUUGACGGCUCAUGAAACGGCAGAGGACUCGAACCAUCCCACAGUUACGGUAUAUCGAAUCCAAGUGAAAAAAGUUGACAAUGUAAAGAAGUCGGCCUUGUGUUUCUACAUCGAUGAUGGGUUCGAAGAAUGGCUGUCAUUGUUGGAUUCAUCUGAUUUGAAAUUCUAUCAAAUUCCCCGUGAACUGAUGCAAAUCCCACCACAGGCCAUUCAAUUCAGUUUAUUUAAUCUCGAAGAUUUCGCUGAAAAUUCCGUGGCACAAGAAGAAGUGGUCAGAUGCUUGAGUGAUAAGCAAUUUUUGGCCAAAAUAAAGUCAACAAAAGAGCAGUACGAGGCACAGCUGGAAGCAAAUUCGAUCGCUAAAGUCAAUGUGAUGCUGUUUGAUGUGUCGAAGGAAGAAGAUGUCAAUAUGAACAAGGAAAUUUUGGGAAACAUUUGCGCAAAACUGCGACCACCACAACUGGAGCAGAAUCAAUCGACUGUGGUUCAUGUGACACAUGUCGCCGACAUUGGAAAUAUUUACUGUCGACUCCACAACAGCAAAGAAAUGCAUCACAUUAAGCAAUUGAUCCAUCGACUGACACACAAUGGCAUCAACGAAGCAUUCCGUGUGGAUACCAACGAAUUGCAUGAUGGCACAUCAAAAGCACUACGACUGAUCUUUGAUAUCACCGACAAGCGAUGGUAUCGUGCCAUAAUUUUGCCAUCUCAAAUGCCACGAAAGAAUUCGGUACAUUGCCAAUUGGUGGACUAUGGCCACAUCAAAUAUGUCGAAUAUGAACAUAUCUACAAAUUGGAACGGCUUAGUACAGCACUCAGCAAAUAUCCACCACAAUCGAUUGUUGUGCAACUGAAUGGAUUCCAUUCGAAAGAAUACACACCACAGGUUGUUGACCGACUGCGAGAAUUGCUGUGCUGCCAGAAAACCGUUUUAAUUAAAUCCGUUGAUCGAUCCGAAGUUCCAGCGGUUGAUGUUUGGAAACAUGUUGGCAACCUGUUUUGCAAAAUCAACGAUUCCAUUCGCAUAGAAAAUUCACCCGAAAUGGCUGUGUUAACCGAUUGCGAUGACUCACUUAGCUCCGACGAAAAAGAGGAAAAGAUUGAAGCCGAUUUGCCGUUGCAUCCGAAGCCAAACUGCAACCAAAUUUACAAAGUUGAAGUCAUCACUGCGCUCAAUCCGUCAUACUUUUUUGUUCGUCUGGCGGUGGAUAAGCCAGAAUACGAAAAGAUGAUGCAUUCACUAUGGAAAGAGUGUGAAAAAUCGGACAAAAUUCUGUCGAAAUGCGACAUCAAGCUAAACCACUUCUAUGCUGGUCGAUUAGGAGAUGGUUAUUGGCACCGUGUCAAAAUACAAGGCAUUUCAAACGAGUUGGUUGUGGUUCAAAUGUGGGACUCCGGCAAUAUCGCUCAGAUCAGCAUCGAUGUACUACGAGCAUUGCCACCGGCUUAUCAUGAAAAUCAACAAAUGGUCUUCCCGGCACGAUUGUAUGAUAUUCAACCACUUCAGAAAGUGUGGAACAAGGACGAUUGCGCUUACUUCAUCGAUUUGACGGCUGACAAAUCGUUCAUGGCCGAGAUCAAAGGUAUUCAAAUGGAAGAGGGCAACAGCAAGAAAUUCGUUGCUGAACUGGCUCUGAUGACAUCAGCCAACAGCAACAACACCAUAAGCCAGCUGUUGGUAGGAGAACUACGUGCCAAAUACGCAUAAUCUCUGUCAUUGUGCCAAAUAGCCGAACGUAAAAUUACAUACAUAAAACGCAUACAUCGUGAAAAAAUCUAACAUCCGAAUUAGAAUUUACAUUUAAGAAGCGAAAAAUCAAACAUACCGUGAACGGUAUCUAUUUGCAGAGCAAAAGAACAUUAAAAUUAAUUUCAUUUUUCCAUUGAUUCCAACGUAAAUUAGUUGAACGAUUAAAAAACGAUCAUUUCAAAUUAACAAAAAUUAAGUUAAAAAAAACUUUCAAAAUAAAAUGACUGCGUAUAAUUCUCAUUUUAAAGGUAUCAUAUUUUAUUCACAUACAAUUAAAAUGGAAUGACAAUUUGCAGUAGAAUAAUUUUUUUUCUGAAUUCGAAUGAUAAAAAUAAGCGAUUUUCAAGAAAAAAAUGAGAAGAAAAAAAUUAGAAAAUAAAAUUCAGAAAAAAAUCAUUAGGAAAAAAAAAUAUUUUCUAAUGUUUUAUCAGCCUUAACACAUAUUUAGUCAAUUAAAUAGAAAAUUACCAUUUUGUUCAAAAUAAAUUGUCCUAUUUGAAUAAAGUGUCUGUGAUUAAGACUUAAUAGCGAA